CGGGACGUCACCGCUCAUUGUUUUGUUUCGGAUGAGGUUAUCUGCAUUCGGUAUGAGUCUGACUUUAUUUUCUCUUCUGUUGAAAAGCACCCGAGGUUCUGAUGGCGGCAUCCGUUCCAGUGGGCGACUGGCUUCAGGACUGAUAAGGACCUCAAUAUGCCACCCAACUAACCAUCCCGUUUCCCCGUACGGAACUAACCAUGCCAGCUGUCAUCCCACUGCGCUUCGAAGUGACAGCAGCCGCGGCAGCUAUGCGGUGGUCAGACGACAUUUGUGUCACUGUGCGACUGGAAGUCGAAGUGGGUCUUGUCACAGAGUCAGCGGAAUCGCGAACGUCUGCUCCCCAUUAGCCGUGCGCCAAUCGAAGCAAUCGCAUCCAGAGCGACUCAAACCGCAGUCGAAAUUGUUUUCUACAUUUACGGCGAAUUUUCUGAAUCGUGAGCAACGAAUUUCCCGAAAAGAUUGUGCAUUAUCAGUGCUGCGUGAAGGUGCCGUUAUCGCGAGUGUUUCCCGUCACUACGUUGUGCCCGCGGCGACCACGUCGAGGAAAACUGUCACGUUAUCGCCGAUAAAAGCUGCUUUCAGUGGCGAAUCGAGUGCAGGAUUAUUUGCCAGUCAUAGUCGAGGGAUCUUCUCGGAAAGUGGAACGUCAGUGCAACCUGCGGAAGACACAAGGGGAACCGUGAGAAAGGAUUCAGCGGCAACAGACACCAUGGGCAAAUGUUCGGAAUUUUCACGCCUGCCUACCAACGUUCGGCCGAGGCAUUACUGCCUGCAGCUGCGUCCCAACUUGGAGGCAUUCACUUUUGAAGGAUCGAGCGUGAUUAAGAUUCAGGUUCGUGCCGUCACCAACACCAUAGUCCUGAAUGCGCUCGAUUUGCAAAUUAGGAAAGCCACCGUAGAAACAAGUAAAGGGACUUCCCUGAAAGCCAAAGAUAUUACAUUUUCGCCAGAUCAAGAAACAGUAACAUUGAAAUUCGACAACAACUUAGAUCUUGGGGAUGGUCAGCUAUCUCUGGAAUUUAGUGGUGAACUGAAUGACAAAAUGAAAGGGUUCUAUCGGAGCAAGUACUUCACAAGCACCGGUGAAGAACGUUAUGCCGGAGUUACACAGUUUGAGGCGACAGACGCAAGGCGCUGUUUCCCGUGCUGGGAUGAGCCUGCAAUCAAAGCAACCUUUGAUAUAAGUUUAGUUGUGCCAAAGGAUCGUGUAGCUUUAUCGAACAUGCCCGUAAGAUCGCAGAAGGAUCAUGGCGAUAGUUAUAAAAUUAUAGAAUUUGAUACGACUCCCAUCAUGUCAACUUACUUGGUGGCUGUUGUUGUUGGCGAGUAUGAUUAUGUGGAAGGAACUUCAAGUGAUGGAGUUCUUGUUAGAGUGUACACACCAGUUGGAAAAAAGGAUCAGGGAACAUUUGCUCUAGAAGUGGCGACCAAAGUGCUGCCUUACUAUAAAGAAUACUUUAAUAUUGCAUACCCUCUACCAAAGAUGGAUUUGAUUGCGAUUGCGGAUUUUUCAGCUGGCGCUAUGGAAAAUUGGGGACUGGUAACUUAUCGAGAAACAUUCGUCCUGGUUGAUCCAGAAAACACAUCUUUGAUAAGGAAGCAAUCAAUUGCGCUGACGGUAGGGCAUGAAAUCGCCCACCAAUGGUUUGGAAACUUGGUGACAAUGGAAUGGUGGACCCAUUUAUGGCUGAACGAAGGCUACGCUUCAUUUGUUGAAUUCCUUUGCGUCAAUCACUUAUUCCCUGACUAUGAUAUUUGGACACAAUUUGUUACUGAUAUGUACACACGUGCAUUGGAACUGGAUUGUCUACAGAAUUCGCAUCCUAUCGAAGUACCUGUCGGCCACCCAUCUGAAAUUGAUGAGAUUUUCGAUGAGAUAAGCUACAACAAAGGUGCCAGCGUCAUUCGUAUGCUUCACCAUUAUAUCGGAGAUGAAGAUUUCCGAAAAGGAAUGAAUAUAUAUUUAACAAGACAUCAAUAUAAUAAUACAAAGACUGAAGAUUUGUGGAAUGCGCUGCAGGAAGCAAGCAGUAAACCAGUUGCAGCUGUGAUGUCUACGUGGAUUAAACAAAUGGGAUUUCCAGUAGUCAGUGCUUCACUGAAGCAAGAAGGCGACAGCCGAAUCCUUCAUCUGAAGCAAUCAAAAUUCACUGCAGAUGGAUCAGAUGCACUUGAACAAUAUUUUUGGAUGAUUCCCAUAACGAUUUCAGUGUCUUCGAAACCUGAUGAAAUUGCCCAUCAAUUCAUUAUGGACAAAGUGGAAACAGAUAUACCCCUACCUGAACUGAAAGAAAAUGAAUGGGUUAAAAUUAACCCUGGGACAGUAGGCUAUUAUAGGACCAAAUAUACACCGGCUAUGCUGGAAAAGUUUAUUCCGGCUAUCAAGGAUUUGUCAUUACCACCGUUGGAUCGCCUUGGACUUUUGGACGAUCUUUUCGCUAUGGUACAAGCCGGACUAACUCCGACUGUAGAGGCCUUAAAACUGAUAGAUGCCUAUCGUAAUGAGACUAACUAUACUGUGUGGUCAUCAAUUACAAAUUGUCUAACAAAACUACAAAUUUUACUAUCGCAUACUGAUUUAGUUGAGCAAUUCAACAAUUAUGGAGUCAGUUUGUACAGACCUGUUGCGUAUAAAUUGGGCUGGGAUGCUAAACCGGAUGAAAGUCAUCUGGACACACUUCUUCGAAGUCUGGUGCUGAACCGCCUCGUGUCGUUCAAUUGUAAGAAAACCUGUGCAGAAGCAAAGAAAAGAUUCGAACUUCACGCCAGCGGAGCGGCUAUUUUGCCUGCAGACUUGAGAACAACGUGCUAUAAAGCAGUGUUGCAGGAUGGCGACGAACACACUUUCCAAAAGAUGUUAUCAUUGUACAGAGCAACCGAUUUACACGAGGAGAAAGAUCGAAUUUCUCGGGCAUUAGGUACAAUUCGGAACGUUAACGUACUUAAGAAGGUUAUCGACUUCGCAAUGUCAGAAGAAGUUCGUGCUCAGGAUUCGGUGUUCGUGAUUGUUGCGGUCGCAAUGAAUCCAAAGGGCCGUGAUAUGACUUGGCAAUUUUUCAAGGAGAAUAGCAAAAAGUUACUUGAACAAUACCAGGGUGGAUUUCUGCUGGCUCGUCUGAUAAAGUAUUUAACAGAGAAUUUUGCAUCAGAGGAACGUGCUGCCGAAGUUGAACUCUUCUUCCAUGAUCAUGAGUUCCCGGGUACUGAGCGCACUGUGUCGCAGUCGGUGGAAACGAUUCGUCUGAAUGCUGCGUGGUUGUCGCGUGACCUUCAAAGUACAACGAAGUAUCUCUUGGAAAGCACGAAAAGUAAAUACAAGGCUGCCGAAGCAAAUUGAACAUCUGCAGUAAUCGUUGAUUGGUUAACUGUUUCUAAAUGUUUGCUCGCUUAUUUGCAAGUUGAGCAGAAACAGUUAGUUGGUUGCGUAAACCAGAAUAGGAAAGAUUUUUAGAUUAUCAUAUAAUUAGCUUUAGAACAGAAACACGAUGUAGAUCAGAAAGGGGAGUUCACGUACGUAAAGUAAUUUACAUUCCUGGGGAGAAACAAUAUUUUUCCAGGUUAAGAAAAAUUUGGUAAACUUUUAUGACAGAAAUAGAUAAAAUUCCCAGUCUGAGCAGUUAUCCUUUCCCACAAAACUUUAUCACUAAGGGAGAGGAGGGACUGAUCAAGAUUUAUGAUUCAUACCACAUUAACUUAGAUAUGAAUUUGCUCGUUUUUUUAAAAAAUAGUCGGAAAUUGUAUUGAUACCAACUCAACCGCUCUGAUCUACUUCAUAGACAUAAACACGCUCCGCCGAAAUAAUCAACACAAAAACGCAUUUGAAUUUUAAACCAAAGCCAUGUUAAUUACCAUUGCCACCAUAAAUCACACAAUACACACUCACACGAUUAAAUGAAGGUAUGCAGCUAAGCAAUAAAUUAUUCUUUAGAGAAAAAGGUUUCGCGAAAUAGUCGGAAAUGUAAAUGGUUCGUGUUAUCUAGUUUGCUCGGGUGUUGAUAUUUGCCAUGUUCUUCAGAAUAUUAUAAACAGCAUUACAUUUACAAUAUAAUUUUGUGUUUUCAAUUUCUUGUAUGCAGACCAGUAUCUAGAUCAAUUUUCUAAUUUAUAUCAAGUAUUUUUGUGUAUUUUGUUAAUGCGAUUGAAUUGCAUUCUUAGCACUUUUUUGUUGACUUUUUUGACUAGAAAUUCGAAAAUUCGAAAGCCAUUUAAUACUUGUAUGAUGUUUACAAUAAAAAUACAAUGUAAAUAUUAGGUUUUCAAUCUAAGUA